CAUUCUCUAUGGUAUACACAGCCACAGACCUGCAACUACAUGGGUAGAGUUGAGUGAGAUUGCUAGUAUAUUCGUGAUUUCUCACUGGUUAUAAUUCAUAUCAAAACGUUGAACUGGCUGUGGGCACCAUGCAUCAUUGGGUGUUCAGCUGACUUGACAACAAUAACAUCGUAACUCUAUCCAGGCAGGGGUGGUUCUUGCCGGAACUCGCAAAUGCUUCCGACACAGUUUCCUGUAUCACACUAGCUAGAACUUGUAAUUAUCUGAGUGGGUAGCUAGAAAUCAGUUUUUUGUUCAGUUCGUGUUGGUGCAGCAAUUGGUCCCAUUCCUGUCUCUGUGUAGUUUGACUCGGAGGAGAGAUGAGAGUAGAAGCAACGUUAAUCAUUGUGCUACACACCAUACUGGUUACCCUGUUGGUCAGCUAUGUUAGUGCUACGUUGUCCAGGACUGAUGCCAAGAAGAAGGACUCCAAAACACAGGAGCCAGAGACGUCCCAGGCAGAGCGGUCGGUGCUGGAGCGAGGUCUGGUUGUUACUGACCCUCAGUGGAAGGACAUCGUAAAGGAGGAGAGGAGAUACUGCCAACAGGCUGUGACUCAACACACGUUCCAAGGACCCGUACUGGGUUAUAUAACUCCUUGGAACUCUCAUGGUUACGAUGUUGCCAAGGUGUUCGGUUCCAAGCUGACCUCCGUGUCUCCGGUGUGGCUUCAGCUGAGACGGAGAGGACCGGAGAGCUUUCAUAUCACUGGUCUACAUGAUCAUGACCCAGGUUGGGUAAAAGCUGUGCGGAAGGCAAACAAAAAAAUCAAAAUGCUUCCUCGCUUGUUAUUUGACGGCUGGUCGUACCAGGACUAUAUGAGUGUUCUGGACAGUGAGGAUGAGAUCGAGGAGCUGGGGACUGAGAUGGUGGACGUAGCUAAGACAGAAGGCUUUGAUGGCUAUACGCUGGAGCUGUGGAGUCAGCUGGGAGGGAACAAGAGAGGGGAGCUGGUCCACAUGAUUACACACAUCUGUGAGGCUCUUAAGGAGAAGAAGCUGGAAUGUGUACUGGUCAUUCCACCGGCCGUCACCCCAAGUUCAGGCCAGCCAGGGAUGUUCGGCAGGGAGCAGUUUGAGCAGUUAGCUCCCGUAGUGGACGGAUUCAGUCUAAUGACCUACGACUUCUCCUCUGAACGACCGGGCCCCAGCUCCCCUCUACCCUGGCUGAGAGAAUGUGUCCUAGAGUUGUCCCCCAACAACCAAUGGAGACACAAGAUACUGCUGGGACUCAACCUGUAUGGACUGGACUUCUCCACCUACGGAGCUGAACCACUGCUGGGGGGCAGGUUCAUAGAGCUGUUGAAGGAGCUGAAGCCUCGACUACUAUGGGAUGAACAGGCUGAGGAGCACUACUUCAGCUACAAGAGGAGCAAUGGAGUCAAGCAUGUGGUGUAUUACCCAACACUGAAGUCUCUCCACCAGCGGAUCUCUUUAGCCACUGAGUUAGGUACAGGAAUCUCCAUGUGGGAACUGGGCCAGGGGCUGGACUAUUUUUAUGACCUGUUAUGAGCCAAUCAGAGUAAGAGACUCAAGCUCCUUUUUAUUUUUUUGAGCAAAUCGAUAAACGGUAAUAUUUGCUGGGCACCAACCAAGCGAGGAUUCUACCAUUUAUUUUGAUGAAUGACGUCUCUUAUCUCAGGAAGAGUGAUCAUUGGAGACGGAGGCCGUGUUGUAUGUGGAGUAAAUGUGACGAGGGGUGACAAACUGAACUAAGGAACUCGAAGCUGCUAACGUGGCAAGAGCAUCCAUCAACGCAGUUUAACUGGGGGUUGGUGACAGGGUUAUUAUGGGGUGUGUCACACACACACACGAGGUGUUCAUGUUUUUAAAAAUGGUAAGAUAUGAAGUAUUCUUCUACCAUUUUAAGGACUGGUUUCCCGGACAUAGAUUAAGCCUACUGUAGUCCUACAUCUGAGGAUUCAUGUUUGUCAGGUCUAAAUCAGACACCAGUCUGCUGCAGGAAUGUUGCUUUGACAUGAAAUAAAAAAAAAGGUACAUUG